AUGCCACCGACACGUGAGAUUGCACUCAAGACUCUUUUCACUCGUGGUACCUGGAAUGACCUACCUAGUGCGGUCCGUUCCAGUGACAGCGUUGCGACUGGGCAGGCUAACAGCUCCGUUAUCGUGCCAACCACCCCGGCUCCCGUCGCCUCUCGUGCCACCCUCUCGGACUUUGUGCGAGCGUCCCGGUGCAUCCACCUGCAGGGCUCCACCCACUGCACCUGUGAGGUGGGGUUCGCUCUGACCGGCACUGAGAACAGCAUGUGCACAGCAGGAAGUUAUCUCUGUGUCUGCCCUCCCGGCUACAACCUCGGCCGAGACAACCACAGCUGCCAAGAUAUUGAUGAGUGUAAAACUGGGCAGCAGAACUGCACACGAGGCAAGGUGUGUGUGAACACAUAUGGAGGGUAUGAGUGUGUGGACGCAGAGUGCCCGCACUUCAGAAACGCUACCUACGUCAAGACCUCGGCUCUAUACUUUCUCUUCGCAGCACUGCUUAAUUUGAAGGGGUUCACAGAAUUUGAAACUGAAUUAAUUUCCCUUAGUACGUGGAAGAGGGAAACUUCUGGAGGUGCAGUUCCACUUUUAAGUGUUCACUCUGUCCCCAGGAGGUGCGAGCGAAACCCCUGCAUGGUGUGGGACAAGGCUUGCAUGCAGGCGCCCAACUCCGUGUCCUUCCACUACAUGGCGGUGGUGUCCAACAUGUCCGCCCCGCGCGUGCUGUUCCGUGUGGCUGCCGCCCGUCUGCUGGGGGACACGCUGCGCUUCGGGCUCCUGGGGAACCGGGGCCAGCGCCACUUCACCGUGCAGCGCUCGGGCCAGACGACGGGCCAGCUGCUGCUGGUCAGCCCCCCGCAGGGCCCGGACACACUGCAAGCGGAGGUGGAGAUGAGCGAGCUGGAGAAACGCAAGUUGCUGGGUCGCUAUGUCACCAAGGUUACCCUGUUUGUGUCACCGUAUACCUUCUAGAGGGGGAAGAGAUAGAUAGAGAGAGAGAGAGAGAGAGAGAGAGAGAGAGAGAGAGAGAGAGAGAGAAGA